AUUUGAAUACUGCUCAACAAGCCUUCAAGCCUUUCAUUUACUGGUACCAACCGUGACGGUCGCGUAUAGGAGCUGGAUAUUUCCUAUCUAGAUGCGUCUCGACCCCGGGGGGAUUAGCUUCAUGUUGCUAUAAUCGCGUACAUGACUCGAAACAUCACCAAUCGCGCCAAUACUGCUACCCACAGGUAUUGGGUAUCAAGGAUACAAAGAGGGACUUAAUAAAGUAAACCCAAUCAUACCAUCAGAUUUCAUCAGGCAUGAACAGCUUGUCGUCGCCGACACGCCUGAUUACAACCAGCUACUUGACCCGCGACCGGGGGAUGGUGGGAUACACAACGACCUGCAUAUGCGGCACAAGAUUCACUCGAUUGGAUGCCCUCAAUCGACACAUCGCUACAAAGUCUACCGGAGCACCCCAAUUCCUCUUCAAUUAUCGCGAAAAAGGCUUUCGUCGUCGCGACCACCUGACUCAACAUGAGGACAGAUGCCCCCGAAACUGUGACAAUAAUCAUCACCUUGGGUCAACCACAGAUAGCAGCAUUGAAGUGGACGGUACCUACAAUUCUCAGUGGCUUCCAUUAGGAUGCUACGUCAUGGGCUGCGACAGAGUAGGCCCUAAUGGAUUCAAUGAACAGUCUCAGCUAAUUGAGCAUCAUGCCGUGGUGCAUUCGGUACCCACCCUUGAUGCUUCACAGGACCAUGAGGAUGGGUAGCAUGUCACCCUCGUGCUUUGGUUGUUUAUGCGCCCCUUUG